GUUUAAAAAGUUAGCUACAUAACUUCAUAACUCGUGAGUCUUAACCACCCCUAUGAUGAGCAUGUAGAAAUCUGUUUGAUAACCCUUAUUUGACGUCUUUUUUAACUAGUAGUAUGUGCUUCGCUAAUGACAUUCGCAUUUAGAAAAACUUUUAGAAACUCGGAAUGGACAUCUUUGACACUUUAUUUUCCGAGAGUUUGCAAGACUUAUGGAUAUCAACAGCAUUUAUCAUAGUGACAUUAAUCAUCAGCGAGAUUUUUAGGGUGAUCAUAUACUACAUUUUCAAAGGAAGAGAAGGUGUAACAAAAAAGUUAAUCAACGAAUUCAUCGCGACCGGCGAGCUGUGCGCUUGCUGUUUCGAGUUAUGUAUUAUUGCUGACAAUUAUGGAAUUCAUGCUUAUGCAACUUAUCUCUUCCUCUUGACCGUAUGGUGGUCUUAUCGCUGGGGGGACGCAUCUGCAUGUCCUUACACUCACAUUGAAGACUUACUGCAAGGACAGGCCACGUUUAAAUAUGUUCUGCUGGUCGUCUUUGUUCAAGUUUUUUCCGGAUGGGCAAUCUAUCCAUUUUACGUCAAAAAGUUUUGGCUAAUGCAAUAUGAACGUAAACAUGUAGAGCAUGUGGAAGCAUGUUCAGCAGACUUGACGGUCCCAGCUAUGCAUGGUGCUGUAAUUGAAGGGUUAUCAACAUGCAUGUGUCAGUUAACAGGAAGAGUCAUGUCCAGGCUAAAUCCGAAGCACGGAAUCCCUAUCACUGCAGUAAUCGGCACCACGCUGGUCGUGGCGGCAUUUGACAUGUCGGGGGGAUAUUUUAAUCCAGUUCUAGCCACGUCGUUGCAAUUCAAUUGUGGAGAAAUUACAAGGACAGAGCAUUUCGAAGUUUACUGGUUGGGCGCUAUUAUAGGGUCAAUUUUAUCCGUGUUAAUAUGGCAUUCGACCACUCUAAGUAGAAAACUUCUUGGAGACAUUACCCGUAUAAAAAUUGAUUAAAUAGUCAUAUUUGCUCAAUAUGAAUGCCUGGCUGAUGACAACGAAAAAAAUGGCUAAACUCAAGUCAAUCUCAUUAUGUGUUCAUCUCUGGUCUGUAAAAAUAGUGUUCCAAUCCAAACUCUGUCUGUGUCGUUUGUUCAGAUGAUAAUGUGAUGUUGAAAUUUUUAUUAGCUUAUAAUAUAUAAUACCCGAAAUAUUGAUUCUUAUAUAAUAAAUCUAGCAAGAAAACCAUUAA